UCUCCAUUGCCCAGGCGACUGUGGUUGGUUCUCCAGCAGGCUGUAAACAGGAGAAGGAAGAGAGAGAAAAGAGAAGCGACCCUUAUUUAGCUCGUCGGGGAGAGUGGCAAGUUGGGUGGGUGAGGGGGGGCCAUGCCAGCCCCCUGACAAUGUUCCAGAUUGCCGAGUACCAUGAAGAUGACACUUUCCUGACUGGAGAGAAAGAACCGCAAGAUUCCAAGCUGACCUGCCGGGGAGCCGCAGGAGGGGACAAGGAGUCAGGCAGCCCAGCUAGCCGUGAAAAUCCAGAGCUAAGACGCCGCAUUGGAUCAGACCCUCCUUUGCCGGAUUCGGAAGCCCCAGAUGAGCUGGGCGCUUUCCGGGCGCGCUCACGCUCUGCCCCACCCAUUUUGUGGGCUGCUCAGCGGUACGGGCGGGAACUGCGCAGGAUGAGUGACGAGUUCCACGGCGCCCUGCAGAAGCUGCCACGCCCAAAAAGCGCCGGGACCACGUUCCAAAUGCAGCAAAGGUCUGGCUGGAAGGAGACUCUGCAAUCGUGGUGGCGUCGAAAUUCCCCGGGCAAUGAGGGUCCCCGAAGCCCUCCGUGACGGUGUUGGGCUUCUAACACAGGGAAAGAAAGGGGAUACACCUGUAUGGUCAAUUUGGCACAUUUUCUUCACUGUGGUGUCCCCAAAUAUUUGGGGGCAGCGGGCAUGGGUCAUUCCUCAGCACUUCCAUACCCACGUCCCCCAGAAAUGUUCUCCUUCGAUCUCACACUAUAGUAUGAUGCGUAAGAAACUUACCUCCACGGGAUCAAUGCCUUUCUCACCUACUCCCACUUCCACUCAGACCAUCCCACCCCCUAAUUUUAAGGGGAUCUUGUCCUGCCCUUUCUAAAGAGUCUACCUUUACAAAAGAAAGAAAGAACACUGUAUUGAGUACUAAUGUAAGAGGCCUAUUUCCCCCACCCCCUUUAAUGGAGAAAUUUGUAUGAGCUUUUAUUAAAUGUUGUUAAUUAUG